AUGGUGGAAGAACUAAACAGUAACCCUGAGGUACUUUUGCGGAAGCGUAGAAACGCUGACAGAACCAGAGUCGAGAAGCAGGAACUUGCAAGGAAGCGGAAGGCAGCAGAGCAGCGCCAAAAGCGGGCAGCCAAGAAUCGCUUUGUAAGACCAGAGAGCAUUGUGGCAACGACGCUGGCCACAGAACGUGAAAAAGAGCGUAUCAAGCGUGUAUCGAAGUUGGCACGCAGCAAAGCACGUGACGGCAAUGUAACCAGAGGCGACUAUAUCCUAGACGUGAGGGAGAACCCAGAUGCCGAGUACGAUGACGAAGAUGAGGGGCUGGUGCGCACUAAGAUUCCAUAUAAUGGAGAGGAGAAACUUUUGUUUGUUGUGCGUGUUAAGGGCCCUACGGCGGUUAAGAUCCCCCAAAAAGCAUUCAAGAUCCUAACUAUGCUGCGUCUGUUGGAACUAAACACCGGUAUCUUUCUCAAACUGACUGCCCACUCCUACAUUCUGCUCAAGCUUAUUUCUCCAUAUGUGGUUGUUGGAACACCGUCCCCUGCCUCGAUUCGUGCGCUAAUACAGAAGCGUGCCAGGAUUUUGUAUCAAGCACCAGGUGAGGAACAACCAAAGGAAAUUAUAUUAAAUGAUAACAAUAUCAUUGAAGAAAAAUUGGGUGAUGAAGGUAUCAUAUGUUUAGCAGAUAUUAUCCAUGAAAUUGCCACUCUUGGAGACUCGUUCGCUAAGUGUAGUUUUUUCCUACUGCCAAUUAAACUUAACCGUGAAGUGAGCGGCUUUAAUGCUAUGAGCAAGCUACAAAAAGUAAAGCAACGUGAAACACAGUCUAAAAGCAGGCCUCUGUCAAAUGCGGCAACUGCGCCUGUCAUUCAGGUAGAUAUUGAUGCUUUAAUAGAGAAAUUAAACUAG